AUGAAGCAGGUUGAGCACUUGCCAGACAAGUACAUAUUGAAACAAUGGCUUCAAAGUGCGAAAAGCGGUGUAAUAUACGAUAAGAAUCACAAAGAAGUUAAUGAUUGCGUUGAUGGUUUGCUUUUGGUUAAGAGAUCGAAAGUUUGCAAAGUUGCAAGUGAGUUGAUUGAUUCGGCUUUGUUGUGUGAUGAAGGUUUUGAGUUGCUGGAAAAAUCUUUUGAAGACAUUCGUGGGAAGCUUACAACGUUGGUGUCAUCAAGAGCUCAUGUCGAAGAACCCAAUGGAGAUGUUGGAACUAGUUAUCCCCAACUCAGAAUCAAAGAUCCACAUCGAGUAAAAGUAAAAGGGCGUGGGAAAAGAGUUAAAGGAGAAAAAGAGAAUGCAGUGCAACGACAUAAACGUCGGUGCACUGAAUGUAGGAAGACUGAUCAUGAUAGAUGGAGUUGUCCAAAACUUGCGAGCCCCUCUUCAUCUUCCGACACAGAACUUUGUGGUCCAGUUGGUGAGAAUUUGCAGCCCACUCAGAGCAUGCAGGACAGUGAACCUACAAUGACAAAGUCAUUUAUGCAAGAGUUUGAUUUCAUCACCAUGCUUUCAAUGCGUAACUCGAAGUUUCAGAUCCAUCUUUUGUUGAAGGUUGAUGUCCCGGAUGUCCUCUGGGGUUUGGGAUUUUCAAAACCUGAAGCCCUUGUUUGA